AUGUCUGAUUAUCAUAGUCAUCGUUUAUCACUUGAUGGUCAAACUUGUGUUGAACCAUCAUGUACGUCACCAGCUAAACAUCGAUGUAAACAUUGUAAUAAAGCUUAUUGUGAUAUGUGUGUUCGAGUACAUAAACGAUAUGUUUUACAAGAAAUGAAUGAUAUUGCUAGACAAAUGGAACUUAAUCGUCAACAAAGUCAAAAUGAAGUUCGUUCAUUUAUUGACCGACAACGAGCUGAUGCACGUGCUAAAGCUGAAGCUAUGCAACGCGAUAUUAUACGACGAAUCAAUGAAGCUAAUCAAAACGUUUUACAAUAUAUGGAUGAUCGUGCUCAAAUGAAAUUAUCACGUUUAGCUGAUGCAUUAAAUACAUUUGAUAAUGAUGCAUUAGAUUUAAAAUCAUCAUUAUCAGCUGAACAAUUUCUUCCAGCUAAACGUAUUAUUGAAUUACGAACAAAAUAUGCAUCAAAUAUGUUCGAUGAUAGACAUUUAUCUGAUGACAAUGAAGAAGAUUCAAAUUCAAAUUUACCAGCAGUCAAUGAACAACAACCCGAAUGGGAAAAAAGUUUUUUUGGUGAUGGAGAUAAAUAUCGAAUGUAUGAUGAAUUAAUUAAUCUUCGUGCUAAAUGGCCAUUUCUUGCACCAGCACUUACAUCAAUCUAUUAUGCAGCUGAAAAAGAUUUUUCACUUGAUGAUAUACGAACAUUUCUUGAAUAUCGACAUGAUAAAGUUUUAAAUUUAUUCAAUGAACAUUGUAAAAUAAUGGGAAAAGGACCUCAUCAUGCAACAACUGUAGAAGAUCUUUCGUUUUAUCGAUAUAAAUCGUUAGUACCCAUUAAUCAAGUACAUGAUGCUAAUUUUGAUCGUUGUUUACAUGAUACAUCAAGUAAUGAUGAACAUAAUCAAUAUCGUCAAGAUUUAGCAAAUACAAUGAGUGAAUCAAUGAAAUUGUAA